GUGGAAGUCAUGGAGCGCGGGUCGUACCCGGGCCUCGUGACCAUGUACCACUUGUACACCGUGGACAUCAUCUGCAGGGGCCUGCCCGAGAAGGACUUCAACAGCCUCGAGUUCCACGGGCCGGACGAGAGCGGAGUCCGGCCGCUGAAG